CGAGCUCGGCUCGGGUUCCCGGUCCCCUGCCCGCCUCCCGCACCCGCCAAACUUGAUGUGACCCACCCCAGCCCGACGCCGCGACCGCCCCUCUCGCACUGCCCGCGCCGCCCGGAGCGCACGCUCCCCGCGCCCUGCCCACCUCCCCGCGGGGCCGAGCGCCGCGUUUCCCUCUUCCCCUCGUCGCCGCCCCCCGCACCAUGAGCAACCUGAAGCCGGACGGCGAGCAAGGCACGGGCGCGGGCUCCGGCUCCGCUUUGGAGGAGGAGGUUCGAACACUGUUCGUCAGUGGCCUCCCUGUGGACGUUAAGCCCAGAGAACUCUACCUGCUCUUCCGGCCGUUCAAGGGGUACGAAGGCUCCCUGAUCAAGCUCACCUCCAGACAGCCUGUUGGCUUUGUGAUCUUUGACAGUCGGGCAGGAGCAGAAGUGGCCAAGAACGCACUGAACGGUGUUCGCUUUGAUCCUGAGAACCCACAUACCCUGAGACUAGAGUUUGCCAAAGCAAACACCAAGAUGGCCAAAAGCAAGCUCCUGGCAACACCCAAUCCCAGCAGCAUCCAUCCUGCCCUCGGCGCACACCUCAUCGCGCGGGACCCCUAUGACCUGAUGGGGGCCGCUCUGAUCCCUGCAUCCCCAGAGGCCUGGGCCCCUUACCCUCUCUACACCACAGAGCUGACCCCAGCCAUCUCACACACUGCGUUCACCUACCCAGCUGCCACCGCUGCUGCAGCCGCCGCCCUGCACGCCCAGGUGCGCUGGUACCCUUCCUCUGACCCGGCCCAGCAAGGAUGGAAGUAUCGCCAGUUCUGUUAACGCCUCCGUCUCGGCACCGGGGAGCUGGUUCUGGGCACCCGUGUGGGGGGCCCGCACAGGUGCCAUGAGCCCCCGCGCGCCCCGGGCGGCCGGCGCAGAGCCGCUGCGUGCCUCCAGAGACUGUGAAUCUUGAGCCUGCCUCAGUGGACUGCCUCCUGGUUGCUGCCCCUCCUCUUCCUCAGCCUUGCCCUGCCCCUCCGGGCCUCCCAGGAGGGUGAGGAGGCCUCUCUAGGCCCCAGCCACCCUCCCCCUAGAGGAAAACACGGUGUUUUGGUUUUGCAUGUUUUCUGGCACGGAAUUCGACACUUUACCACGUGUGUCUGUGAUGUCUGCCAGCGCACACUUUGCUCUCCCACUGCGUUGCCAUAGCAACUGGCCCUGGCCACCAAUGGGUCAUCAUGCGCAGUCCCCCCCACCCAUCCACCCCACUCCCCAUUCCACCUCCCACUUCCCAGUCCAGCAGUCCCCAGCACCCCCACGAGUCUCCAGCAGUCACCGUCAUGUCUCGCCGGGUCCUCUGUGCCCCCUUGCUCAGCCGGGCCAAAGACGAUCAGACGUCCCCCUUCCUUGUGUGCCCACCUUGUCCACCUCCCCACCGCCACUCCUCACUCUCCAGACCUCA